AGCCACGAGCCCUGAGGGCGCCGCGUCCACAGCCGCCGGGGCGGGGCGGGGCGGGGCGGGGCGGGGCGAGGCCGAGUGCGCGUGCGCGGCCCGCGAGGGCGGGGGAGCGGGAGCGGGAGUGGGGCGGCGGGAGCGCGCGUGCGCGCGGCGAGGCAGCCUGGGCAGUGGGUCCUGCCUGUGACGCGAGACGGCGGCGGCGGGUCCUCUCCGUAAAGGCGGCGGCGGCGCCUGCUCCGGACACCUGCGGCGGCGGCGGCGGCGGCGACCCCGCGGCGGGCGCGGAGAUGUGGCUCCUGGUGGUGCUGUUGCUGCUGGGCUCGGCGCGCUGCGGUUCAGCUCAGCUGAUAUUUAAUGCAACCAAAUCUGUAGAAUACACCACUUGCAAUCAAACUGUUGUCAUCCCAUGUUUUGUUAGUAACGUGGAGGCGAGGAACAUUGCUGAAUUGUAUGUCAAGUGGAAACUUAAAGGAAAAGACAUUUUCAUCUUUGAUGGAGGUCAGGGAAUGGCUAAGCCCACUCCUGAAUUUAGUAGCGCAAGAAUCUCAGAAUCAGAAUUACUAAAAGGCGAUGCCUCUUUGAUGAUGAAUAAGAAUGAUGCCAUCCCAGGAAACUACACUUGUGAAGUAACAGAAUUAAGCAGAGAAGGCGAAACCAUCAUAGAACUAAAGUAUCGUGUUGUUUCAUGGUUUUCUCCAAAAGAAAAUAUCCUCAUUGUUAUUUUCCCAAUUUUGGCUAUACUUCUGUUCUGGGGACAAUUUGGUGUUGUGACGCUUAAAUAUAAAUCCAGUUGUACGAAGGAGAAAACCAUUUUUCUGUUAGGUACUGGACUAGUGCUCACUGUCAUUGUCAUUGUUGGAGCCAUUCUGUUCAUCCCAGGUGAAUAUUCAACAAAGAAUACUUGUGGACUUGGUUUAAUUGUAAUUCCUACAGCAAUAUUAUUAGUACUUCAGUACUAUGUAUUUGUGAUAGCUACAGGGAUGUCCCUCUUCACCUUUGCCAUAUUGAUCCUUCAAGUACUGGGCUACGUGCUCUCUGUGGUUGGAUUCGGCCUUUGUGUCUCAGAGUGUACCCCAGUGCAUGGUCCUCUUCCGAUUUCAGGUUUGGGUAUUAUAGCUCUAGCAGAAUUACUUGGAUUAGUUUUUAUGAAAUGUGUUGCUUCUGAUCACAAGACUAUACAGCCUCCUAGGAAACCUGUAGAGGAACCCCUUAAUGCAUUUAAAGAAUCAAAAGGAAUGAUGAAUGAUGGUAAGUGUAAAAUGCACCUGCAGUUAUAGGGGGGUUAAAAUAUGGACACUGAAAAGAAAUAAAAUUGCUUCUUUAAAGUAUGGCUUUUUUUUAAAUAAAAGGGACACUGUCAAAUCAUAACGGCCUACAUUUCUUGACUUGUAAAACAUAAAUCUACUCUAUUAAAAGUUGCAAAACUACUAAUAUAAAAGCUGUAGGAUGUCACUUAUCAGACUCUCCAAUAUAUUGCUCAUAACAGAGGAAUUCCUGCUUUUUUUAAAAAACAUUUUUCAUAUGCAGUGUCUGGUGACUGAAACUAAACUCUUCUCCACUUAGAUAAUUUGGCGCAAAUUUUUAUCAUCUUGACAGGGUUUCUUUUGUGCUUGUGUUGGUGAUUUUGUUGCAUUUAACCCAUGGAGCCUUAAUAUCUCUGGGUUCCCAAGCAGGAACUGGGUUCUAAUCUUUUGGGAAUGAUUUUAAAAAAGAGAGAGAAAUGUUUAGUCACUCCAGCUUUUUGGGGGGACUCUGGGCUAAUAACAUAAUUUUCAUUGACUAUUUCAAAGACAUUUAUUAGUUCUUAAAGAUAAAUAAACCUGCGAUAUUGAGUACUAUAAGCAUUCAUUUUGAUUUUACCUUAACAUGUUCUGAUACUUUAGUUCUGUUAGCAUUUUCAUAACUGUUUUCAUUUUAUCAAAACUUCCUAUAUAUACCUUUGAUAAUUACAAUCAUUCCUUGAUCAUGUGAAUAGUCUGCUUUCUAUUUUACUGUUGUAAAGUCUGUGACCUACCUGCUUACCUCUACAUCGAAGUGCAGCAUUUAACUCAAGAGGCUCUAUUCCCCUGAGUGCAAUUAAUUUUUGUAUAAGAUUAAAAACAUGCUGAUUGUGUGUGGUGGACUAAGUUUAAAACAAUGCUUAGACUGUGUUCAGUAAGCAUUCAUAGAAGGAUCCCACUUUUGUAAGUUUGUGUCACAGCCUUUAUUACAAAAAAUGCAUGCUCUGCCAACCACUGCCCUCCUAAAAAAAAGACAUUAGCAGGAAUAUAUUAAAUGACAUUUAAAAAAAGAGCUAGUACCUGAAAGUGUGGCAUGGUUUGUCCAUGUUUACAGUCUGGUGUUCUGUUGUUUUAAUUUCAUUGUUUUUUUUCCUUCUCCUACUGUGGUGUCAUUCUUCUGUAGUUGUAUGGAGAAACUAAACUUCUGCAUUUUCAGAAAACCAGAAGAAGAACCUUGAGUGCCUCUUCUUUGUUAAUUUCCCUUAAGAUGUGACCUUUUUUUUUGCACCAUCGUAUAAGGAGUUAGACAGCAGCUUUUGUGCGUGAAAUCUAUAACAACCUUUGAAAUCCCCUUCAUUUUGCUGAUUUUUAGCUGCUCAGAACUUGUUGGGUUUUUUCCAAUGUCUGUACGGUGGGUGCACUGACAGUGCACCAUGCCCACAGUUUAUUUGCCUUGUCGGUGAGUGAGGUUCCAGUACCCUCUCAGGACCACCGUCCCAUUUCCUCUUUCGCUUAUGCCUGAUCACGUAUUUAAUUCUCUUACAUUAAAUGAGUGAUGUUGAUCUAAAGUGAAAGUGAUAGAAUAUUAUUCUAGGAUCAAUAUCUUCUGCUUUGGAAAAAUCAAAGCCUCUUGGCUUCUCCUCAGUCACCCCAGCAAACGGAGAUUAUCAGAUUUUGUUGCUUUUUAUUUCCAUUUGGCAUUGGCCUUUUACUGACUGCAAUUAAAAAGGCUAAUGAUUUGCCUGGUUUAUGUCUGUGACCUUUUUGCAAAUCUAAGAUUACAUAAUUUUUGUUUAUUUUUAGGUACCGCCUAUCUGAAAUGAUUUUCAAUUUUUAAAAUACAUCAACUUGUUAAGGCAUAGAAAAUAGACAUGCAUAGCAAUUAUAUGUUCAUUUUUCAAUU